AUGCACACCCUCUCCCUCCUCACCCUCUCAGCCGCAGCAGCAGCCUCAGUCGCAGCCCAUGGACCAUCAGGUCCCGCUCAGGGCGUCCACAGGUUCAGGCAGAAGAGGAUGGUCGAUAUCAGGGGCGACGAUGGGGUUGUCAACCUCGACUUCCUGCACAACGACUUUGCGCGCGUAACCAACAAAUACACGAAAUCCAACCUCGCCUUCAAAGCGAACCACGUCGUCCUCUCUCGCAACCACACCCUCCAGCGUCGUCGCGAGGACGUGUUUGCCAUGGCCCGUGCGAUGGAGGAGGAGAAUCUUGCGAGGGAGGGCAGGAGGAGGGAGACGCAUGCGCAGAGGAAGAAGAGGAGUGAGGUGUUGGGUGGCAAGGUGGAGAAGCGUGCGCCUGGGGGGUCGGUGCCGCUCACGGACUACUUCUCGGGCGGCAACGACGCGUCGUAUUACGGCCCGAUUGGGAUCGGCACGCCCGCGCAGUCAUUCGACGUGAUCUUCGACACCGGCUCCGCCGACCUGUGGGUCCCGUCGUCCAAGUCGUCGACCUCCCACUCCAAGUUCAACACCGGCUCGUCCUCGACGAUCGAGACCUCGUCCGCCGAGUGGGACAUCACGUACGGCACGGGCUCGUCGCAGGGUUUUCUCGCGCGCGACGUGGUCCAACUCGGCGGCCAGUCGAUCCCGAAGCAGAUUUUCGCGCUCGCAGACACCUCGGCUCCGGUCGUCGAGGCCCUUCCCUCGGACGGGAUCUGCGGCCUCGCUUUCUCGACUAUCGCGACCUCGGGCGCUCCCACGGUCUUUGAGAACGCCAUCACGGAGAAGAUCGUCUCGAACCCGUACUUUGGGUUCUACCUCCAACGCGCGAGCGACCUCACGUCCGCCUCGAAGGGUACGAUCGGCGGUGGCGAGUUGUGCUUCGGCUGUGCCGACUCGGCCAAGUACACGGGCCAGCUCAACUACGUCCCCGUCUCGGCCCAGUCAUACUGGGAGAUCCCCGCCGACGGGAUCAGUGUCGAUGGACAGGUCGUCUCGGGGACUUCGAUGAGCGCUGCGAUCGACACGGGCACGACGCUCAUCUACGUCCCGACGGCCGUUGCGAAUGCGCUUUACGGCAAGAUUGGAGGAAAGGCCGUCGGGGGAGGGGGAGGACAGUACCAUGUUCCUUGCGUCUCGACGUUCGGAUCGAUCGGCUUGAGCUUCGGGGGUCAGACGUACAACAUCCCUCUUUCGGACGUCUUCCUCGGAUACGCCAGCGCCUCGACGACCAGCGAGUGCAUCCUCGGUAUCCUCGCGCAGGACAUGUACGACGCCGACGGAAACGCCGUUGCCAUCGUCGGCGACCUCUUCCUCAAGACCGUCUACUCCGUCUUCAGCUACUCGCAGGGCGGCAAUCCCGCCGUCGGUUUCGCUCCCUCGAUCACCUCUGGCCUCUCUGCCUCCGGCUCUUCCUCCUCGUCCGGCUCGUCCGGCGCGUCCGCCCCCUCUGCGUCAGGCAACGCCACCGUCUCCGGCUCGGCAGGCAGGUCGAACGCCACUGCGCCCGCUACGACCAGCCCGUUCGUCGUCUCGAAGAAGGUGGCCGACAUCACUGCCAACCCCGGCGUCGCAACUUCUAUCUCGACUUACAACCCUGCUGCCGCGCAAGCGACCGCCGCGGUCUCGGGCUCGUCGGGCGCAGCGAACGGAAGCGUCACGGCGCCCGCCGCGCCUUUCACAUUCACCGUCUUCUCUGUCGCCAGCAACGUCCCGACCGUGACUUCCACCUCGACCAUGUCGACUCCCACGUCGGACUCGACGACUUCGAGCGGCGGAGACGCCACCGCUGCAGAGGCGAGCUCGCCUUCUGCUUCGUCGACCAGCGGAGCGGGGAAGAACGUCGCGGCGAUCGCUUUGGCCGUCGUUGCUGCGCUCGCGGGAAGUGCGCUGGCCGCCUAA